AUGAAAGCCAUCAAGGUCGUGCAAGCCGGCGAGCUCGCCAUCCAAGACGUAGAGAUUCCAAAGCUGCGCCAGGGCUACUGCCUCGUCAAGACCAUAGCUGUAGCCUUAAACCCCACGGACUUCAAACACCUCCACUUCAUUCCCUGCAACGGGUGCACCCUUGGGUGCGAUGUCGCAGGAACCGUCGAAGAAGUCGGGCCCGAUUCAGCCCUUAAGAAAGGGGACCGCGUGGCGGGAUUCGUUCACGGGGCCAACGCAGUGCAUCCAGAGGACGGUACGUAUGGGGAAUAUGCGCUCGUGAGGGAGGGAAUCCUGUUCCGCAUUCCUGGUUCCUUGAGCUAUGAAGAGGCGGCAAGUCUCCCGGUGGCCAUCGCGACCGUGGGAAUGGGAUUGUGGCAAACGCUUAAGCUUCCCUUACCAACGGAGCAGGUUUCACAGAAGUUUCCCGUUUUGAUCUAUGGUGGCAGCACAGCGACCGGAACUGUGGCCAUACAGAUGGCUAAAAUGUCUGGUCUCGAGGUCAUCACAACUUGUAGCCCCGGAAACUUCGACCUCGUCAAGUCGCUAGGUGCUUCCGAAGCUUUCGACUACCAUGACCCUGAUUGCGGGGAGAAGAUACGUAAAUUUACCAAAGACAAGCUAUACCAUGCCUUGGACUGCAUCUCGGAGGAGGCAACCGCAGUCAUCUGUAGUACCGCACUCUCACACGAUACAUCUUCGCAGCCCGUGCUCUACUGCUGCACCCUCCCUGUGGAAUUUCCCCGAAAAGACGCGCUCACCAAGUUCAUACUCGGCUACACCGCAAUGGGGGAGGCAUUUUUCAAGUUCGCCGACUUCCCUGCGAACACUAACGACUACGAGUCUACUAAAACAUUCUUCGGGCUCCGACACCACCCAAUCGAAGUACGAGACGGGGGACUUGAAGGUAUCCCAUUGGGGCUGGAAGUCAUGAAGGCUGGACAGGUCAGGGCGAAGAAGCUUGUAUAUCGUAUUGCGUAA